AUGGAUAUUAAAAAGGAUCUUUCUGUAGAAAACAUCCCCAGUGACUCAAAACCAGAUGGAUACCAUGGUGACAACUACGUUAGGAAAACGUUCCAAGCCCUCUUAAGAAUAAUUCCAUCAACCCGAAGACAUGUAUCAGACUCGGCCGAUGCUCUAAGCAGCCAGACCAAGCCCAUUAAGAAGCUUCAGAUGGGCGUGGAUAGAACCGCUCCUGCUCAGACCAAAUUUGCAUGGUUGCGCUCACAGGUGGUAGGAGCCGAUGUUGAAUUUGACACCCCUUAUGGGAAACGCCUCCUCACCUAUGCUGAUCACACUGCCACUGGAAGGGGCCUUCGUUUCAUUGAAGAUUACAUCAUCAGUUGUGUUCUUCCUUUCUAUGGGAACACUCACACAAGCGACAGCUUCGUGGGGUACCAAACGACCAAGAUGGUACAUGAGGCGGUGGAAAACAUCAAGAGUUGCUUAGGUGGUGGAGUUGACGAUGCACUGGUGUUCUGUGGCUCCGGCACCACUGCCGCCAUUAAGCGCCUCCAAGAGGUGAUGGGAAUUGCAGUUCCAUCAAUCUUGAGAGAGAGAAUGCUGAAGACGCUGAAGAAUGAGGAAAGAUGGGUAGUGUUUGUUGGGCCAUUUGAGCACCACUCAAAUAUCUUGUCAUGGCGACAGAGCCUAGCGGAGGUGAUCGAGAUUGGUAUCAAUGAAGAUGGUUUGCUGGAAAUGGCAGCUCUGAAACUCCAACUCGAGACUUAUAAAUCCUCCAACCGUCCUAUGCUGGGUUCAUUCUCGGCCUGUAGCAAUGUCACCGGAGUGUUUUCUGACACACAGGGCAUCGCUCGGCUUCUCCAUCAACACGGUGCCUUUGUGUGCUUUGACUUCGCUACGAGCGGUCCUUACGUGGAGAUCGACAUGCGAUCUGGAGAGAUAGAUGGCUAUGACGCUCUCUUUCUCAGUCCACAUAAGUUCCUUGGUGGGCCUGGAACCCCUGGCAUCCUGUUGAUGAACAAGGUCCUGUAUCAGUUGAGAUUUUCCCCACCUUCAACUUGUGGAGGAGGAACUGUUAGCUUCGCCAAUGGCUUCUCUGAAAGGGAAACUUUGUAUUAUGAAGAUAUAGAAGAGAGAGAAGACGCCGGAACCCCACCAAUUAUCCAAAAGAUUAGAGCAGCGUUAGCUUUUUGGGUGAAGGACUACAUUGGUUACAGAGUGAUUGAAGAACAGGAACAUGUCUAUAUAAAUGCAGCGCUCAGAAGGCUUCUCCCCAAUCCAAACAUAUGGGUGUUGGGAAAUACAAGAGUAAGACAACUCUCAAUAAUCUCUUUCCUUAUUUUCACCACUACAAAUUCUUCCUCAGAGGAGGGUGAAGAAGGGAGAAAAUCAGGGAACAAGAAAGAUAAGCCUCUCCAUGGGUCCUUCGUCACAAAGCUAUUGAACGAUCUAUUUGGAAUUCAGGCUAGAAGCGGGUGCGAUUGUGAAGGCCCCUACGGUCACCUUCUGCUUGAUGUCAAGGAGCCUCUUUCACUGGCUUUUCGAUCUGCCAUCCAGAAGGGUUAUGCUGGUGUCAAACCUGGUUGGACGAGAGUAAGCUUUCCCUAGUAUAUGUCCACGGAAGAGUUUGAGUUCAUCUUAGCUGCAUUAGAAUUUAUUGCGUUGUGUGGUCAGCGUUUCCUUCCACUGUAUCAUUUCAAUUGGAAAACUGGCGAGUGGAGCUUCAAAAAGCGAGCUACCAUGGAUGACGAAAGUUUGGAAGAACAUGAAAUUGAUUUCUGUAAAUUGUCAUUAGCUAAUAAGAAGGCUGUUUCGGUAGUAGGGAAGUAUAAGUCAUACUUGGAGACUGCUAAGCUUGUAGCGAAUUCCCUGCCAAAGUUUCCUCCCCAGCGUAAAGUGCCUAGAGACAUUGAUCUAAGCCUCGUUUACUUCAGGGUCUAG